AUGUGCUAUUUCAACUUGAUUCCAUCUCAUAAUUGUCGACGCGCCCUUUCUCAGUCGGUCGCUGAGGGUUCAGGCACCUACAAUGGCAGCAACCAAGACAAUUCUGCUGAAAGAUUGCCCACCAGCAAAGAAAGAGCUGAAUACUACUUGGGGAAAGCGAUUGCACGAAGAGCAGUUUAUGGUUCAAGCCGUGGUCGUGGGAGCAGAAAGGUUAAAACCAAUGAUGUCAGAAUGCUUAAGAGUAGGCUAAGCAGAGUUUCAUUGGCUGAUGAAACAGAAAAUUAA